AUGAGUCUGGAUAGUCUUCCUCCCGAGCUUAUUUUGUAUCUGGGGAAUUUCCUCGGCCCCAAAUCUCUCGCCGCACUGACUAGCUCUGCAAAGAGGUUUGCGCUGCUGUUGUACCCGCAGCUUUAUACUAAAUGGAUCCAACUCUAUUGUGCCAGCCCUGUCACCUACCGCUCUUCCUGGAGUAGCAUCAAGACCUGGACAUCGCAGUAUGCAGUUGAUUACUUUACUCGAGUCCCAACCCAUACUUUUCUGGGCCAAAAUUGCUCUACGCUGGUACACCACUUUGCAGGAGCAGGUAAUUUGCACCUGCUUGACAUCCUUAUUCGCCAAGGGGCGGACGUCAAUGCAAAGAACGAGGAUGGAGUCAUUCCUCUGCAUCUAGCGGCGUAUCAGGGCCACCUUGAUGUCGUUCAAGCUCUAUCAGACCUUGGGGCAGAUAUCAACGCAGUCGAUCGAUACUGUCAGACACCAUUGCAUAUGGCGGUCCGUGGGGGUCAUCUAGACGUAACGGCGCACUUACUUAAGCAGGGUGCGGACGUUUUUACAAGUCACGCGGAUGGGGCAUCUCCGUUUGAAAUGGUCGUCAUUCACGGCCUGACAGACUUUUCGAGGAUUUUCAUCUCUAGUAUCACCAGCGCUAAGGGCGAUAUCAACACGCCCGGCGCGCAGGGCUAUACCGUGUUGCACUUAGCCUCUUGGCAGGGAUACAUCCCCAUCGUGGAGUUCUUGCUUGCUCACCAUGCCGACCCUUUCGAGAGGACCUCCACCGGCGAUACAGCUUUGAACCUGGCUUGUAAACAAGGGCAUACGGAAGUUGUGAAGCUUCUCUUAGAGGCGGGGGCAGAAUCGUGCAAUGACAUCCUCGCCCCUAAUCUCCGGGGCGUCACUCCAUUCCACAACGCCGUUGCCUGCGGCUGUGUAUCAUUGAUUGAGCUACUUCUCGACUCCGAUAGCGAUCUUCUGGCCGUGGAUGUCUAUGGCAAAAGUGCCAUCGAUCGAGCACUAGACGGCCCGGAGGACGUGUUUCAAUUGCUUCUCCGUCGAGGCCCGGCGUUCUGGCCGGAGCAUCGCUUGCAACCCCGACUGUCCCUGGAUUCACUUUGGUCGCGGCUCUCGACUGAGUUUGGAUGGCAAGCAGUCGCUCGGAUCAUAGAACUGGUCAGCACCGGCAGAGCUGCGGUGGAUCUGUCCGCUCCCUUUGACUCAGAGCGCACAAUCCUCCACGUCGCAUCCAGUGGGGCAUAUAUGCAUCGCAGGUUUCAUAAACUAAUUCUUUCGUUGGUCAAUGCGGGCGCAGACGUCGACAUCGCAGAGCACGGAAGCGGCGAUACGCCGAUUCAUAUCAUGCUGCGUCUGGUGAAUGAUUGCAGCAACCGGGGAGAGUAUAUCGAAAUCAUCCAGAAGAUGAUCCAUGCCAGCAAUGCUCUGCACAAACUCAACAAUGAGGGGAAUAGCUAUCUACAUUUCGCCGCUGGAACAGGCGCUGCCGACAUAGUGGAACUGCUUUUAGCUCUUAUGAGAGGGGAGCCGAGACCCGUUCCUGACGACACGGCGGGAGCAUCAGCAGAUGGAGCCACAGCACUAGGUUUGUCGCGGGGAUCAUUCGACGUCAACGCUGGCAACUCGGAGGCGAUGACAGCGCUACACUGGGCCGCACGCGGAGAGAACUUCCGAUGCAUACGGCUGCUGGUAGAGGCCGGGGCAAACCCAUGGCUUCUGGAUGACGCAGGCAAUCCGCCCGCGCAUUAUGCGGUCUGUAGCAAGAAUGAGGCGGCGAUGGAUUAUUUUGCUCACCUCGGAGCGGCGGAUCAUGAACGAUGUGAUGUUUGCCUGGAAAACACCAUUCGAUGGAAGCAGAAGAAGCAGAUUCGGUGCGGUGUGGUCGAUUGGGGCGCAGACUCCUUGGAUAUCUCGUACUUGUUUGAGGUCGACGCAGCGGCGUGA